CGGUCUUCGAGACGGAAACGCACAAGUGAAGCAGCUUGCCAUUUUGUCUACUAUUGUAAAGCAGUGCGGAAUAAAUUGUGUUGAUCAAAAUGUCUGGAAUCGCAGUUGCACGUUUGGGUGAAGAACGUAAAGCUUGGCGUAAGGAUCAUCCGUACGGAUUCGUUGCCAGGCCAGUAAAAAAUACAGACGGAUCCCUGAACCUCAUGACAUGGGAAUGCGCUAUCCCCGGAAAGAAGGGAACGCCAUGGGAAGGUGGUUCAUACAAGCUGCGAAUGCUUUUCAAGGAUGACUACCCUACCAGUCCGCCGAAAUGCAAGUUUGAACCUCCUCUGUUUCAUCCGAACGUGUACCCGUCGGGAACAGUGUGUCUGUCGUUGUUGGAUGAAGAAAAAGAUUGGCGUCCGGCGAUUACCAUCAAACAGAUUCUGCUGGGAAUACAGGAUUUGUUGAACGAACCAAACGUCAAAGAUCCUGCCCAAGCGGAAGCCUACACCAUCUACUGCCAAAACCGUCUAGAGUAUGAAAAGCGCGUACGAGCACAAGCGCGCGCAAUGGCGGCAACAGAUUAAGCUGCGGUGACCACUGCGUAUCGUGUUACACACGAAUUUCCAUCAAAACUUACUAAUAAUCGGGAGGAUGAGCUGCGGUGAUAUUUAUUCAUCUGGAUCUGGAUCGCAAGUUCGUGAAUCGACGUCGUGACUUCGGCAAGAAUUGCACGAUACAAACAUGUUUAACAAAUGAAUAAAACAAAUAUUAUCAUAAAAGUAACUCUUAACUCUGCGUCCUGAUGGUUGCGAUAUGAAUUAUAGUUGAGCUAUGGACAUCCGGAAAUAAAAUUGCGCCCAGCUUGCGAAA